CUCCAUUAGUCCAUUCCACUAUCACGCGCUUCGUUAGUUGAACAAUAGAUAUCUCAUUAAAACCUUUGUUUGCUUUAUAAUUCCGUGAUCAGUUUUUUUUCUUAUUCUCUCUCUCCCUAAAUUCAAAUAUCGAGAAUUUCCAGUAUAGUACUUCCCUACACGUCUAGGGUUUCGUAUUAUUCUCCAUCUUAUCUUUAUAUAUACAUAUAGAAUCUCCUUUCUUCUUCUUCUUCUUCUAAUUCAAGUUGGAAUCUAGUUAUUCUUUAGUUAGGGUUUAGUAAUUUCAAUGGCUAAUUCUGAUGAAUAUAGACCUUUACUCGUUACAAAUGGUCACGAGAAAUCAGCAAAGAAAUCAAUGGAUGAGGAUUGGGGUAAGAAUUUUAAUGAAUGGACUGCUCAUGGGAUGCCUGUAAAUAGUGUCGUUGGUGAACCAGUUGCUCGAUCUCAUUGGGAUUCUAGUCUUUUUGGUUGUUUAGGCCGUAAUGAUGACUUCUGCAGCAGCGAUUUUGAAGUUUGUCUUCUUGGAACUUUGGUUCCUUGUGUGCUUUAUGGAAGUAACAUCGAAAGAUUAGGAUCUGAACCUGGAAGGUUUGCAAACCAUUGCUUGCCUUACUCUGCUUUGUACCUACUUGGAAAUUCUCUUUUUGGUUGGAACUGUCUCGCGCCUUGGUUUUCAUAUUCUAGCCGCACUCAAAUCCGCCAAAGGUUUAAUCUUGAGGGUAGCUUUGAAGCAUUCAAAAGAUCAUGUGGGUGUUGUGAGUCCUUGAUUGAGGAUGAAGACCAACUGGAACAGUGCGAGUCUUCCUGUGAUCUUGCGACUCAUUUAUUCUGCCAUGCAUGUUCCCUUUGCCAAGAAGGGCGAGAACUUCGCAGGAGGAUGCCUCACCCUGGGUUCAACGGCCCACAAGUGUUGGUUAUGAUUCCUCCAGUGGAGCAGACAAUGGGGCGGGAUGGACUAUGAGUUUCUCUCCCGGUCUUCUCCAGAGUCCAGAGGAGUCUAGCCUGUUAAUACAUCUAUUUUGCUGUCAUCUCAGACAGUUGUGUGUUAUAUACAUCUGGAGUUCACACAGGACGGAACUAUAAAAAAUAAAGUAAAUAUCGUUGUUCGUUUUUUAUUCAUGCAUUAUGCAUUAUGUAUGUGCUGCAAUCGCAUUGAUUCUCAAAUCCAAUUCAAGAGCAAACUGCCAUUAAGAAGCUGUCACCUUGGUAUUUUGUUUGAAAGACGAAGUCUUGAUAAGUUGUUAGCCAACUAUGAAAGGUUACAAACUUUAAGCAACGUAACCAUCCCCUCUAUUUUUAAUCUCAAGUUUUCUUA